AUGCUUCGAAAUAAUCGGGAAGGCACACCAGCUCCUUUUGAAGAGCGCGUUUUGUACGCGAGGAACAAGUUAUUGAAUGGGGCUAGACCAGCUGUGGUCGGUGGAAAGCCGAUAACUGAAGAGUUGGCGGCUGAACUUCGGGUUACCUGCUUCAGCUCAACCUCUUGUCCACCUCGUGGAGAAUGGAUUCGUACUCCAUUAGUGAUGAGGCCACCUGAUCAGCCACUUGGCUAUGGACUAGCAGCCCCAAGAAAUGGAGCUAGAUCUUUGCUGUCAGCGCUUCAAGCUCAUGUAAUCAAGUGGCUGCUGUUCGAUUCGAGGCCAAAGACUAAGGACAAUAAGUGCGAUGUCCCUCCAGACACGUAUCUUCGGCCUUCAGAAGAUCGUCAGGAAGAAGCCUUAUGGCGUGCGUGCAGCGAAGUGAUCUGGCGAUGUGGUGGUGGAAACUCCGGUCAGGCUGGAGUGGAACCCAAGGCAGUGGUAGCAUUGCCAACGGACCACUGUUAUGUCCAACACAGUUCUCAGUAUUACCAAGACGGAGUUACUGAGAAGCUGCAUAUCUUCGAAUUCACUAGUUUGGAGGAUCUUCAAAUAUUUCUGAAGCGAUAUUUGUAUUUGUUUCAAACUGAGGACGGUGUUGGAGCAUUGCUGUUGCUGUAUGCUUGUGUUUUAUCGAGAGGUUGCGAUAAUAUAAAGAAAGACCUGGACGGUAAGAUCACCCACCUGGUCUCAGCGCACGUAGAAGGAUCUAUAAAUGUGGUGACGCUGCUCCUCACCGGUCGCGCUACUCCGUAUCUUCAUAAUGGCGUCCUGUAUGUCGGUGAUGAAGAUCAUUAUGUGAGUAUGUUGUUAGAAUUAUUAUCUUUCUGA